AUGUUCGGCUCCAAGGAGAAAGCCCCUCAGACCAGCGAGGGCGAGGUCACUCCCAACAAUGCCUCCAAGACCGACUUGGAGACGGGGGAGUCGGGCCUCCACCGUACUCUGAAUGCUCGCCAUUUGCAAUUCAUUGCCAUCGGUGGCACCAUCGGCACCGGUCUCUUCCUCGGUAGCGGCAAGGCCAUCGCGACCGCCGGCCCCGUCGGUUGCCUGAUCGCCUUCAUCUUCAUCGGCAGCAUCGUCUACUCCGUCAUGACCGCCCUGUGCGAGAUGGCCACCUACAUCCCCGUCCCCGGCGCCUUCACCUCGUACGCUUCUCGAUUCAUCGACCCCACCCUGGGAUUCGCCAUGGGCUGGAUGUACUGGUUCAGCUGGUCCAUCACCUUCGCCCUCGAGUUGACCGCCGCCGGCGUCAUCAUCCAAUAUUGGAACGACAGCCUGAGCAUUGCCAUCUUCAUUAGCAUCUUCUGGGUCGUCUUCACCGCGCUCAACUUCAUGCCCAUCCGCAUCUUUGGCGAGAUCGAGAUGUGGUUUGCGAGCAUCAAGGUCGUGACCAUCAUCGGAUUCAUCAUCUUCGCGAUCUGCAUCAACGCCGGUGUUGGCCAGCAGGGCUACUUGGGCUUCAAGUACUGGGUCGAACCGGGCCCGUUCAAUGCGUCCAUGGUCGAGGGUUCUGUCGGCAAGUUUGUCGGUUUCUGGUCCGUCCUCAUCACGGCUGCCUUCAGUUUCCAGGGAUCUGAGCUGGUUGGCGUCGGUGCUGGUGAGACCAAGGACCCCCAGAAGAGCGUGCCCAGCGCCGUCCGUUGGACUUUCUGGGGAAUCUUCUGCCUCUUUGUCGCCACCAUUUUCUUCAUCGGUAUUCUGGUUCCCUCUGACAACCCGUCGUUGUUGCUCGACAACCAGGAUGCGUCGGCGUCUCCCUUGGUUAUUGCCGCGAACUUGGCCGGUGUCAAGGUCCUUCCUGACAUCAUCAAUGCCGUGCUCUUGACCGCCGUCCUCUCUGCUGCCAACUCCAACGUGUACUCUGGUUCUCGUAUUCUGGUUUCCCUGGCUAACGAGAGGUGUGCUCCCCAAUUCAUGGCCUGGACCAACAAGCUCGGUACCCCCUACAUGGCGGUCGCUACCACGUCCGCGGUUGGUUUGCUUGCGUACAUGAACCUGUCCGAGAAUGGCGGUGUCGUGUUCGACUGGCUGCUCAACAUCACCGCCGUUGCUGGACUCAUCAGCUGGACGUGUAUCAACAUCUGCCACAUCCGGUUUAUGGCUGCCCUCAAGGCUCAGAACAUUUCGCGGGACAGCCUGCCGUACAAGGCCCCCUUCCAGCCGUUCUUCUCCUGGUACGGUCUUUUCUUCAACGUGCUCAUCAUCCUGACGAACGGUUUCACCGCCUUCAUGGGUUGGAGCACCAGUGGCUUCUUCACUGCAUACAUCAGCGUCAUCUUGUUCGUCGUGCUUCUGGUUGGCCACAAGAUCUUCAACCGCUCCAGGCCUCUCAAGGCCCAUGAAGCCGAUGUGACGACUGGAACCCUGGCCGCAAGCUCUUGA